AUGGCAGAUCGAGCAGUCAUUGCGCGGGACGAAGGGCCCCGCAGACGGCGUCGCGCCCGUCCCCGUCAACUCUCCAGGCCCUGCCUGCCAGUGGCUCUGUCGUCGCCGGACAUCCACUGUUCCUGUACCCCGGCGAGGCAGGAACGGAUCGGAUCCAUCGGAUGUUUUGAGGUACUGGCAGUUGUGACACUCUAUCUAGAUCUAUCUACUCGUCGAUCGCGAGCCUUCGCAAGUCGACUGGCGAUCUCGAUGGACGUUGGCAGCGGGGAAGGUAGCUGCGAUCCUUCGCAAGUCGACUGGCGAUCUCGAUGGACGGUAGCAGCAGGGAAGGUAGCUGCGAGUUUCGUUGUUGCUCUUCUGCGCCCCUCGUCCCUCGUCCCUCGUCCGGACACUUCGAGACGACAAGGUCCGUUUGAACCAUCAGGUCGUCUGGCCAGUGGGCGGCCGCCACGUCAGAUUUGCUCGACGCGGUUGUUCAGAGUCCAGACAUGGCUACUUACUGCUUUCUGA